CAGCAUCCGGAACACCGACACCGGAGCCCCGGACCCAGCCGCCGCCGCAGCGCCGCUCCGCCGCCCAGCAGCCCCCCAAGCCGGGGUAGGGAUAUUCACCAUCGCUUACGCCAUCUUUGCAUGUGACUCCUUUGUGAGGACCUGAAGGCGUGUACCUCGGCUGUCUUUCUUCAGUCCAGACCUCUGUUCCCUGAUAUCCAGCGCAGCUUCUUCAGUCCCCUGCAAUGGUGACAUGACGUACCCCUGAGUGGCUUUGCUCCUGUCUUGCACACAUAGACAAUCUCCAAACACCUGCACAUGCGCUUUCUAGAUGCCAGCUAAUUUCAAAACACACCCAUUUGUCUGGCACACAAUAAGUCGACAGUUCGAGAUGACAGUGGCUGUGCGAUUCCGUCGCCACUUACGUAGACUCCUGCUCCUACUGGCCUCCUGCUGCCUCCUCUCUCUUCUCCUCUCCGCCUACUUCCUCUUUACGAACUCCUCUCCUUCCAUGCACCUUGGACAAUCAGUCGAGCCUGCCUGCUCCCAGCCGCUCUCCAUGUCGCCUUACCGUCAGCUCCCGUACCCGUAUCCUCCUAACCCCCCGCACACACAUGUACAGACUGACCCGAUUGUGCUGGUGCUGGUAGAGUCGCAGUACUCCCUGCUAGGACAGGACAUUGUGGCUAUACUGGAGUCUGCCCAUUUCCAGUUCCGCAUGGAGAUUGCCUCAGGAAAGGGCGACCUUCCACCUCUGACAGAAAAAGGCCGCGGACGAUAUUCGCUCAUCAUUUAUGAGAAUCUGUUGAAAUAUGCACAUGCAGAUACGUGGAACAGACAGCUGUUGCAUCAAUAUUGUACGGAGUACAGAGUUGGCAUCAUUGGCUUCUACCGCUCCACUGAGAACUCCCCAUCUGUCCUCAAACUCAAAGGCCUGCCACUGGUGCUGAGGACCAACCAGGCCCUUUGGGACUGCUGCGUUGUGUCUAGCUCGCCUCUCCUCCACUUGACCAAACCUGGCACAGAUCGAGGGGCCUUACCUGGGGAGGACUGGACCUCAUUCUCCUCGAAUCACUCCACGUAUCAGGCUGUGCUGCAUGCACGGGCUAAAGAUGGAGCAGGGGCGGGCAGCGGAGAUAAUGCGGGGCCCGGGUUCAGUCUAGGCCUCCAGGCCACCGUGGUGCAGGACAUGGGACUUUACGACGGGGUGAGACGAGUGCUCUUUGGCCAGGGACUGGGCUACUGGCUGCACAGACUCAUCCUGGUGGAUGCCAUUUCCUACCUCACAGACAGGAAGCUGACUCUGGGUCUGGACCGGCACGUACUCGUGGAUAUAGAUGAUAUUUUUGUUGGCAAAGAGGGCACGCGCAUGAACACCAAGGAUGUGAAGGCUCUCCUUGAAACCCAGCACCAGCUGCGUUCGUACAUCUCUAACUUCACCUUCAAUUUGGGAUUCUCUGGAAAGUUCUAUCACACAGGCAUGGCGGAGGAGGAUGAAGGAGAUGAUCUACUACUGAAGUAUGUAGAUGAAUUCUGGUGGUUCCCCCACAUGUGGAGCCACAUGCAGCCUCACCUCUUCCACAACGAGUCCUCACUGCUGGAGCAGAUGGUCCUCAACAAGGAGUUUGCUCUGGAGCACAACAUCCCAGUGGACAUGGGCUACGCCGUGGCCCCUCACCAUUCUGGCGUGUACCCGGUGCACCUGCAGCUCUACGAGGCAUGGAGGCGUGUGUGGAACAUUCGGGUCACCAGCACUGAAGAGUACCCCCACCUCAAACCUGCUCGUUAUCGCAAGGGCUUCAUUCACAGCAACAUAAUGGUGCUGCCUCGUCAGACAUGUGGCUUGUUUACUCACACCAUCUACUACAAGGAGUACCCUGGAGGACCUAAAGAACUGGACAAAAGCAUCCGUGGGGGAGAGCUGUUUCUCACAGUGCUGCUCAACCCAAUGAGUAUUUUCAUGACUCACCUGUCGAACUACGGCAACGAUCGACUCGGCCUGUACACGUUUGUCCACCUGGCCUCCUUCCUUCGCUCGUGGACCAACCUGAGACUCCACACGCUCCCGCCCCUACAGCUCGCACACAAGUACUUUCAGCUUUUUCCUGAACAAAGGAACCCACUCUGGCAGAACCCAUGUGACGACAAACGGCACAAAGACAUCUGGUCUAAAGAGAAAACCUGUGACAGGUUACCCAAAUUCCUUGUUGUUGGGCCACAGAAAACAGGAACGACGGCACUUUAUCUCUUCCUGCUCAUGCAUCCCUCCAUCUCCAGUAACUUCCCCAGCCCAAAGACGUUUGAGGAGGUCCAGUUCUUCAACACCAACAACUACCAAAAGGGAAUUGACUGGUACAUGGAGUUUUUCCCCGUGCCCUCCAACGUUAGCACAGACUUCAUGUUUGAGAAGAGCGCCAACUACUUUCCCUCAGAGGAGACCCCACGGCGGACCGCUGCCCUGCUGCCCAAGGCCAAGGUCAUCACCCUGCUCAUCAACCCGUCUGACAGGGCCUACAGCUGGUACCAGCAUCAAAGAGCUCACGAGGACCGUGCAGCCCUGCAGUUCACCUUCUAUGAUGUCAUCAGUGCAGGAAGGGGGGCGCCUGCAGAGCUGCGCUCCCUGCAGAGCCGCUGUCUCACGCCUGGGCUGUAUUCUACACACCUCGACAGGUGGUUGAUGUACUACCCUCCCAACCAGGUGAUGAUCAUCGACGGCCAUCAGCUCCGAAGCGACCCUGCAACUGUGAUGGAUGAAGUGCAGAAGUUCCUGGGUGUCACUCCUCACUACAACUACUCCCAGACCCUCACCUUUGACCCUCAAAAGGGCUUCUGGUGCCAACUUCUUGAAGGAGGAAGAACGAAAUGUUUGGGGAAAAGCAAAGGAAGAAAAUAUCCUCCUAUGGAGCCCGAGGCGCGUGCGUAUCUGUCAAAGUAUUACAGGGAACACAACGUGGAGCUGUCAAAGCUGCUGCAUCGUCUCGGACAGCCCCUUCCCUCAUGGCUGAGAGAGGAGCUGCAGAAGAUAACCUUUCAGUCCAUGAGCCAGGGGUAAAGGUCAAGAUGUCAGACAUCUGGAAGCAACCAGGAGCGCCUGACCUUCACAUGCACUCUCUGUGGCCUUUUAGUGCACUCCGAGGUGAAAAAGAGUGGCGGGUGGCCUCAGCUCACCUGCAAGCUGCUGAACGGAGCAGGGGACGUGACACGAUGGACGGAUGGUCAGAAGAAAGUGCGACUAAAAAGAAGCGCCCCACUCGAAC